AUGUAUCCCUGUGUUGUUUUUUUUAAUACAUUUUUGACCCGCGACCCCCAAAAAGGAGUGGUACAACCUGCCACCCCCAAAAAGGAGUGGUACAACCUGCCACCCCCAAAAAGGAGUGGUACAACCUGCCACCCCCAAAAAGGAGUGGUACAACCUGCCACCCCCAAAAAGGAGUGGUACAACCCGCGACCCCCAAAAAGGAGUGGUACAACCCGCCACCCCCAAAAAGGAGUGGUACAACCUGCGACCCCCAAAAAGGAGUGGUACAACCUGCCACCCCCAAAAAGGAGUGGUACAACCUGCCACCCCCAAAAAGGAGUGGUACAACCUGCCACCCCCAAAAAGGAGUGGUACAACCUGCCACCCCCAAAAAGGAGUGGUACCACCCGCCACCCCCAAAAAGGAGUGGUACAACCCGCCACCCCCAAAAAGGAGUGGUACAACCCGCCACCCCCAAAAAGGAGUGGUACAACCUGCGACCCCCAAAAAAGGAGUGGUACAACCUGCCACCCCCAAAAAGGAGUGGUACAACCUGCCACCCCCAAAAAGGAGUGGUACAACCUGCCACCCCCAAAAAGGAGUGGUACAACCUGCCACCCCCAAAAAGGAGUGGUACAACCUGCCACCCCCAAAAAGGAGUGGUACAACCUGCGACCCCCCAAAAAGGAGUGGUACAACCUGCCACCCCCCAAAAAGGAGUGGUACAACCCACCACCCCCAAAAAAGGAGUGGUACAACCCACCACCCCCAAAAAGGAGUGGUACAACCCACCACCCCCAAAAAGGAGUGGUACAACCCACCACCCCCAAAAAGGAGUGGUACAACCCGCCACCCCCAAAAAGGAGUGGUACCACCCGCCACCCCCAAAAAGGAGUGGUACAACCCACCACCCCCAAAAAGGAGUGGUACAAAACUUGA